AUGAAGAAUCUCUCAGUGGUUACUGAGUUUAUCCUGCUGGGCAUCCCAAACACCAAGGGUCUGGAGAUCAUGCUCUUCAUCCCGUUCCUGUCUUUCUACAUCUUUACUCUUAUGGGGAACCUGCUCAUACUCCUUGCAAUUGUCUCUUCCACUCGGCUUCACACUCCCAUGUACUUCUUCCUAUGCAAGCUGUCCAUUUGUGACAUGUUUUUCCCUUCUGUGAGUUCUCCCAAGAUGCUGCUCUACCUCUCAGGAAACAGCCCAGCCAUCUCCUAUGCCGGCUGUGUGUCCCAGCUCUUCUUCUACCACUUCCUGGGCUGCACUAAGUGUUUCUUGUACAUGGUGAUGACCUAUGACCGCUUUGUGGCCAUAUGUUACCCUCUACACUAUUCAGUAAUCAUGAGUCACAGAAUAUGUGCAAUCCUGGCCACAGGGACAUAAUUUUUUGGCUGCAUUCAGGCCACAUUUCUAACUACUCUCACCUUCCAGUUGCCCUACUGUGGCCCCAAUGAGGUGGAUUAUUACUUCUGUGACAUCCCAGUGAUGCUGAAGCUGGCUUGUGCAGAUACAUCAGCCCUGGAGAUGGUUGGGUUCAUCAGUGUAGGCCUCAUGCCCCUCAGCUGCUUCCUCCUCAUCCUCACCUCCUACAGCUGCAUCGUCUGCUCCAUCCUGCAGAUCCGCUCUGCUGAGGGCCGACGCAGAGCCUUCUCCACCUGCAGCGCCCACCUCAUGGCCAUCCUGCUCUUCUACAUGCCAGUUGUCCUUAGAUACCUAAGGCCAACCCCCAGCCCAUCAUUGGAUACAACAGUUCAUGUCCUGAAUAAUUUGGUAACCCCUAUGUUGAACCCUUUGAUAUAUAAUCUGAGGAAUAAAGAGGUGAAAUCAUCACUGUGGAGGGUCUUACAUCAGCCCAAUUUUCUUCCUGAGCAGUUGUAA